AGUGGGUACCCAAUCUAUCGUUGUAUCUCAAUCAGAAUGCGGUCACCAUCUCAGUGCCAAGUUUAACGGCCAGUUAGCGUUUAACUGUGCCCUGGACCGCCGGCCACUAACGAUCAGAUGGAGGUAGAAGUACGGCUCACGAGGACGGGGGAGGAGCCUUGGGGCUUCAGACUCAUCGGGGGCACCGAUUUCAACAUGCCUCUCACCGUUGUCAAGGUUCUACCCGACUCAUCGGCAGACCUCGCCGGCAUUCGCAACGGGGACACAGUCGCCAGCAUACAGGGGGAAAAAGCGGCCACGAUGACACAUGACGGGGCUAAAGCGGCUGUGGCGGCGGCAGGGGACAGCCUCAGCCUUGGAGUGAUGCGCGGUCUCUACGACCUGACGCUCGACGACUACGACCCGAUCGACGACCCGCUAGACCAGGACGAUUUCGACCAGCCCUCUCAUCCGACUGAGGUAUUCCAAAUACAGCAAUUCGGCGACACCCCCCUCGACUCCAAAGACCCAAGCCGGUCCCGCACUGGGUCCCGGGGUAACCUCGACCGGAGGUCUCUUAGCGAGGGUCGCUGUGAUCCCUACGAUCAGAGGUCCUUAACUGAAUCCCCUUACUUCCUGAACACCAAACCUUACAGACCUUUCUCCACUGAACCUUCCCCAAUCCCCCCUUUAGAGAAACCUAUUAUACUUAAUCCUAAUUAUCAUGAUGAAUUUGGUACCUUUGAUGAUGGCCUUGAUCCGCCUGUUGAUCUUCCCAACGUUGAUGAAUUCGCGGGGAUCCUUAGUGAGAAAAGUAGAUAUAAACUUCCAAUUUCGAAACAGUAUGAUCCUGAUGGAACUAAGAUUAAGAAAACUAAAGAAAUAACGACAGUCACUAAGACCGUAGAGGAGAAGAUAGUAACUGAAGAGAUAGUGACUAAGGAAUUGAAAAUUACUUCGGUAGAAGAAAGAUUGGUCAAAGAGCAAAAAGAGGAGGCCAAGUUUAUGGAAAAAACGAAGAUAGAUAUUGAUAUGGGUAAGAUAGAAAUGACUGCUACAAGCAUUGUUGAUGAGAGUAUUGAGAAAGCUGUAACUGUAGCUGAUGAAAUUAAAAAAGAAAUUGAUCUUGAACUAAGUGCUAUAACCUCAGAAUCUAAAACUAGCUCAUCUGAUAUGGAAACUGUGGUCAUGACAAGUGCUAGAAAAGAAUCUACAAAAGAGGUAAGUGAAAUGAGUGAAACUGUUAAGAAAACUAAUGAUGUUGUUGUUAAAAAAAGUGAUGUUAGUGUUGCUAAAGAGAUUGCCAAAUUUGAGAAAGAUGACAAACAAAUUAUCGUUGACGAACGUCAAGAAUUUCGGAAACAGGAGUUAGAAGAAACUAUAGAAAGUGGUAGCGUGCGAAGGAAAUCCGAAAUGUAUGAUAGAGAUGUUAAAAUGGCAGAUACGAAAGUUGAAAAGAUAUCUGUAGAUGAAACUAUAGAAAGUGGUAGUGUAAGAAGAAAGUCAGAAAUGUUUGACAAUGAUGUGAAAAAGAUCGAUAGUAAAGUAGAGAAGAAGUUCGCAGAUGAGAGUAUAGAAAGUGGUAGUGUACGAAGGAAAUCUGAAAUGUAUGAUAAAAACGUCGAAGUGAAAUCUGUGGACGAUACAAAAACAGAGAGAAAGCAAUCUAAAAUAAUAUAUGACCAAAAAGAUAUUAAAGCAGCACAAUCGGCUCAACAAAAGCAAACAUCUGAAAUUAAAACAGAAAAAAUCUCUACAACUACUGAGAGCGUACUUAAAUCAGAAGAAAGCAAAACUAAAGACGCUAAAUAUAGUACAGCUAAAUUACUUGCAGAACAGAGAGCUUAUACCAUUGGAUUACAAACUAUUCCUCAUAUAAGAGGUACAGUGCAAUCAAAUUAUCACUAUGAUUUAUUGCUAAAAACCUUUUUCAUACAUUUAACUGAUGUCAUGGUUGCUCUGUCCAGGUUUAUUUUAGCCGAACCUGUACUGUCUAAGCCUUUAGAAACAAAAUCAGAAGUUAAAAAAGAAGUAACUGAGGUUACUCGAGUGGAAAGGGGCAUAGUUUCUGAUACAACGACUGUGAAAGAUUCUGUAAUAGAUCGUAAAAAAACUGAAAGGUUGGAAACCGAAGAUUUUCAAAUUAGAGAAAAAAAAGACAAAGUUGAAAAAGUGGCUGACGUAAUUAAACAAGACCACGUGAGGGAAGUAAAGCAGCAUGAAUAUACGGAUUACGUUGAAAAGAUUCAACAAGAAAGUGAAAAAAGGGAAAAGAACAUUUUAUCAGGUGCUGAAAUGGCACAGUUGAGUGAUAAAAAGUCGGGGGAAUUGAUAACUAAAAUGGAUGGAGUUAUAACUGAAUUCCAGACUAAAGCUGGUUUAGAGGAAGAGAUCACAAUGCAACGAGAAAGGAGGUCUAGAAGUAGAAGCAAAGUAGACGAAGAAGUAGUGAAAGAUGCGCUUUCCAGAGUUGAUAAAACAUCCCAAGAGAUUACUGAAGUUAGAACUACCAGUAGUGUUCUAGAGUCAAGGGAGAUAAAAACAGAAACAAAACAUGAAAGUAUGGACAUUAAAAGAGAAACCAAACACGAAGCCAGUGGAGUAAGUAGUAAGGAUGGUAAAAGCACAUACAUAUCUAUUUGUGAAGCUCAUGUUUACACUAAUAAAAAUUCUAUUUUGGAUGAAACAGCAGAAAUAUCUGAAACCACCUCAGUGGAAAGUAUCAAAGAAACAAAUAUAGCAUUAGAAGCUAACGAAGCAAUGGUUACAGAAAGCGUUGCUAUAGAAUCGCAAUCUCAAAUUAAACAAGAAGCAGAAGCUGUUGUCGAAUCCCAUGAAAUUUCCAGCGCCAAAACUGAGGAUGUUAUUGUCCAAGAAAAAAAAAACAUCAUUCAAGAAACUGAUGUCCAGAAAUCUUCUAUACAAAUUGAGAGCAAUAAAGCCGCUGUUAUUGAAAAAGUAGAAACAAUACAGCCAAUCGUGGAAUUACAUGAGGAUAUUGUCGAAAAGGCUAUUAGUGUCGAAAUAAAAAAUAAAAUGAAUAUACAGGAAAUUGAGACUACUGAAUAUAUUGAUGAACUAAACGUUGUCAAAGAAGAAUCAAUAGAAAUCACGGAAUCACACGAUAUUAAUGAAGUACAGGUAUUGGAGGACAUUUCUGUUAAAGCUAAGGAAGAAUCCAUAAAAAUUGAGGAGAUUAAAGAGGAAAUAGUUCAGGAUGUAAAAGAAAGUAUAUCUUUAAUUGAAGAAGACGUUAAAGUAUCAAAAGAAGAAAUUGUUUCAGUGAAGGAAGAAGCUAUUGCAGUUCAGGAAGUAAAAGAAAGUGUAUCUAUAACAAAAGAAGAUAUCAAAAAAUUACAAGUUUUUUCAAUAAAAGAAGAGGUGGCUGAGGUG